UCUCCACUCCUCGCGCGCGCGUGCUCGUGGCUGCAUUGGCCUCGAGGUGGAGGCGGGGGUGCUGGGGCGGGCUCGGGAUCCGGCUGCCGUCGGCGAGGUCAGGCAUGUAUGCAAUCGUCAGGAGGUUGCUGGUUUGACUAGAAAGCGAAACACUGUGGUGAAAGGAUCGAGGCUUUGGGUGUAGCUGUCACUUGUCAGUAAUGGAAGCACCACCGGAGACCGGAAAGGCGGUGGAUGCUAAGACGUCGAAGCCCCGGACGGCUGUGCCCACCGGUAGGUUUGCAUUGGGGACUGCUUCUUCAAUCAAGAAGCGGGCUGAUGCUGCCCCUCCUGCUGAGUUGGGCGUGUCAAGGUCGUCCAUGACGAAGUCUACGUCGUCUAUGAAUGCUGCUCCAGUUCAGAGAAGAAGCAGCACCGGGAGUGCGGGGAAGCAACAGGAUAAUGGGAGCUCUGUUGUUGCUAAGAAGGCUAGUCCUUCUCUGUCAGAUGGGGUGAAGAAGAGCAAACCUGUGUCAGCCCCUGCGGUUAGCUCAAAAUCCACACUGGAAAAGAAGUCAUCUGUGCAGUCUGAGAGGACCAAGGUUGAUCCGAUGAAGAAGCCCGUUGUUAAGCCGUCACCAAUAUCCACUCUGAAGAAAGUUUCGUCUGUGACAGAGAACUCCAACAGUAGUUCUAGCAGCAGCUUCAGGAGAGCGGCUUCAAAUGCUACUCUAAACUCACCACGGUCACCUUCAGUGACAAGCAGUGUCACAAAAAAAUUGGGUUCUCGGACAUCAUCGAUAGACAGGGGUUCUUCUAUGCCUAUUCGGAGGAAGAGCUCGACUGCUGAUAGUCGUGAUUCACGGUUUAUGAUGCUACCCCAGGUGGAUUUGAAAGCUAGCGAUGAAGUGAGGCUUGAUUCCAGAGGUCAUAGGGUUCGUAGUCUGAAGCAGUUGAGAUUAACACCUGUACUUGAAUUUGUUUAUCUCAGGGACAACCGGCUAUCAAGUCUGGAGGGUAUUGAGAUUCUCAAGGGCGUUAAGGUUCUUGACUUGAGCUUUAAUGAUUUUAAGCUCCCUGGGUUUGAGCCCCUUGAGAAUUGCAAAUUUCUCCAGCAACUUUAUCUCGCUGGAAACCAAAUAACUUCACUUGCUACCCUUCCUGAGCUUCCUAACUUGGAGUUUCUUUCUGUUGCUCAAAAUAGGUUGAAAUCACUCUGUAUGGCUAGUCAGCCUCGACUUCAAGUGUUAGCAGCCAGUAGAAACAAAAUAUCAACUUUGAAGGGAUUUCCACAUUUGCCUUCUCUGGAGCAUUUACGCGUUGAGGAUAAUCCUCUUCUUGAGAUACCACACUUGGAAGCUGCUUCUAUUCUGCUUGUAGGACCUACCUUGAAAAAGUUCAAUGACCGGGAUCUGAACCCCAGCGAGGCUGAAGUUGCGAAGCAAUAUCCUGCUCAUACAGCUAUUUGCAUUCGUGAUGGUUGGGAGUUUUGCUCUCCUGAACUUGCUGCUGAUUCAACAUUUUCCUUCCUACUUGAGCAAUGGAAGAAUAAGUUGCCUCAAGAUUUGAUAGUGAUGAAAGCUUAUGUUGACCAUCCAUUUGAAGAAGAUCCCUGUCACUGCCAUUUUAGCUUCACAAAUCAAUGUAAUGACAGUGAACUAGUCCUCAAAUACCAAUGGUUUAUAGGUGGCAAGACACCAACUGAUUUUGUGCCUCUUCAUGGAGAAUCAAGUGAGGUGUACUGGCCAAAGCGUGAGGAUGUUGGAAGAUGCCUGAAAGUUGAAUGCAGUCUAAUACUGAAUGAUGCUGAGUUCCUGCCCAUUUUUGCUGUUUCCUUACCUGUUUCUCCAGGGACUGGUUGUCCAAAGGUUAUCAAUCUGACAGUCCAUGGUGAUUUAGUGGAAGGAAAUGUACUCAGGGGUGUUCCUGAGAUUGCCUGGUGUGGUGGGGCGCCGGGAAAAGGUGUUGCAAGUUGGUUAAGGAGAAGAUGGAAUGGCAAUGCUGUAGUAAUAGAUGGAGCUGAGAGGAUGGAAUAUCAGCUAACCCUAGACGAUGUCGAUUCAAGUUUGGUAUUUAUGUAUACCCCUGUUACGGAAGAUGGCGUCAAGGGAGAGCCCCAAUGUACCAUGACGGAUUUUGUAUUGGCUGCCACACCAUCAGUCAGCAGUGUGCAUGUUGUGGGUGACAUUGUUGAAGAUACCACAAUUAAAGGCAAGGGGAAGUACUUUGGUGGCAAAGAGGGAUUAAGCAAAUUCCUUUGGUUUAGAGAAAAGGAAAAUGGUGAGUUUCUUCUAGUACUAUCAAAUAGCAUGGAAUACACACUAACGAAGGAAGAUGUGGGUCAUCGUCUCAAAUUUGUGUAUAUCCCCAUCAACCUUGAAGGUCAGGAGGGUGAAGCUUCUUAUGCAAUGACAGAUGCAGUGAAGAAAGCACCUCCAAAAGUCCUCGAUUUGAAGAUCGUUGGGGAAAUGAGAGAAGGAAGCAAGGUUUGUGCUACUGCUACUGUCAAAGGUGGCACCGAAGGGUUCAGCAGGGUUCAAUGGUUCAAAGGAUCUUCUUCCAAAUUUUUAAACGAGCAUGAGCUCCAAAUCCUCACUACAUCUAAAGUUUCUAAGACAUUCCGGAUUCCUCUUAGUGCUGUUGGAUGUUAUAUUGUUGCAAAAUUUACUCCAAUGGCACCUGAUGGUGAAACUGGUGAACCAGCCUAUGCUGCAUCUGCUGAUGUUGUGGAAAUGCUACCACCCAGCCUGAAUUUUUUGACAGUCACUGGUGAAGUCUCAGAGGGCCAAAUGUUGACAGCAUCAUAUGGUUACAUUGGGGGACAUGAAGGAAAUAGUUUAUAUAGUUGGCAUCUUCAUGAGACUGAAGAUGAUGAAGGCAGUCUGGUUUCAGAGGCAUCAGGUCUGCUACAAUACCAAGUUGCAAAAGAAGCUGUUGGAAAGUUUGUUUCUUUCAAAUGCAUACCUAUUAGGAAUGAUGGUAUACUUGGUGAACCAAAAGUUUUCAUGGGAAAGGACAGAGUCACACCAGGAAAGCCAACACUACUUUCUCUUGAACUAACUGGUGAGGCCAUUGAAGGGACCACUAUGGUUGUCAACAGAACAUAUUGGGGAGGGGAUGAAGGGGAGACCAUAUUCCGCUGGAUAUUGACUAGUUCAGAUGGAACCCAGAAACAAAUUGAAGGGGCAACAAGUUCAUCAUACACCUUAAAUUGUAAUGAUAUUGGCUUUUACAUAUCUGUCUUGUGCGAGCCUGUUAGAAGUGAUGGAGUUCGUGGUUCUUUGGUGUCAACAGAAGAGUCUGGUCCUAUCAUACCUGGACCACCUACAUGCCUAUCUCUUGAAUUAGCUGGCCCUAUGGUUGAAGGUGGCUGUUUGACCUUUCAUGCUGAGUAUACUGGAGGUUUCAAGGGAGAUUGCAUCCAAGAAUGGCUCAGAUUACAUUCUGAUGGCAGCAAAGAGAAGUUGACUACUGAUGAGCUUCUAGAUCUCACUCUAGACGAUGUUGAUUCACGGAUUGAACUUAUAUUUACACCUGUACGAUAUGAUGGAUUACAAGGGUCACCUAAGGAUGUUCUUUCGGAUACAAUUCUACCUGGAGACCCCAAGGGUGUUGAUCUUGUUCUACCAGAAUGUUCUCAGGACAAUGAAAUUUCUCCAAUCAAAACCUACUUUGGUGGUAAGGAAGGCAUUGGAAAAUAUACAUGGUACCGAACUAAAGAGAAGCUUGAUAACUUGGACCCUGAUCUGGUGGCUUCAUGUUCUGAAGUUGUUGGAGUAAACUUGAUGUACACACCGUCUUUGGAGGAUGUCGGUUUCUACUUGAUUCAUCAUUGGAUUCCUACACGAUGUGAUGGAGAGAUUGGUGACCCAUUGAUGGCUGCUACUGGUGACCCUGUCAUGGCAGCCUUUCCAUCUGUUGCGGAUGUUCACUUGGAGCAGAAAAGUUCAUCCUUGUAUAGUGGAACAGGCAUCUAUUAUGGUGGAUAUGAAGGGUCAAGCUUGUAUAAAUGGUACAGGGAAUCUAGUGAUGGAACCAGGCAUUGUAUAGACGGUGCUGAUUUAAUUACAUACGAAGUGACAGAUGCAGAUUACAGCUGCCGUCUAUUGUUUGGGUAUAUUCCUGUUCGUUCUGAUGGGAUCAUUGGAGAAGAAAAGCUUUCUGAGCCGUCUGAUGUAAUUCUCCCUGAACUCCUAAAAAUUGAGGCUCUCUCGUUCAAGGGAAAUCAGGUUGAGAGAGAGACACUAACUGCUGUUGAACAAAUUCCAAGCAAUGAAGUUCAACAGCAUCUAUGGAGUAACUACAAGAAAGAGAUAACAUAUCAAUGGUUUGCUUCGAACGGAUCUGGAGUGGAUCAGACUUUUGAGCCACUGGCUAACCAGUGCUCUCGCUCAUUCAAACUUCGUUUUGAAGAUAUUGGCCGGUGCCUAAAAUGUGAAUGCUCAGUCUCUGAUGUAUUUGCACGAUCCAGUGAACUUAUAUCAGCUGUGACUGCUCCGAUCUUACCAGGAAAACCUAAAAUCGAAAAACUGGAGAUUGAAGGAAGAGGCUUCCACACUAACCUGUAUGGUGUUCGGGGUACCUAUACCGGAGGCAAAGAAGGCAAGAGCAGAAUUCAAUGGCUCAGGUCGAUGGUUGGAAGCCCAGACCUUAUCUCCAUACCUGGUGAAAUUGGAAGAACAUAUGAAGCAAAUGUUGACGAUGUAGGUUAUAGACUUGUAGUCAUUUAUACACCUGUGAGAGAGGAUGGAGUUGAGGGACAGCCUAUUUCUGCUUCAACAGAACCAAUCGCAGUUGAGCCUGAAAUUUAUAAGGAGGUGAAGCAGAAGCUCGAUGAGGGAUCUGUCAAGUUUGAGGUCUUGUGUGACAAGGACAGAACACCAAAGAAGGCACAAGUAAUGGGACAUUUGGAGCGAAGAAUUUUAGAAGUUAACAGGAAGAGGAUCAAAGUUGUAAAGCCUGGAUCCAAGGCAUCAUUCCCAACUACAGAAGUGCGAGGAACAUAUGUUCCACCCUUCCAUGUUGAGCUAUAUCGCAACGAUCAGCACCGCUUCAAGAUUGUUGUCGAUGGCGAUAAUGAGGUUGACUUGAUGGUGCAAACUCGGCACAUGCGAGAUGUCAUUAUUCUGGUGAUCAGAGGUCUUGCCCAAAAGUUCAACAGCACUUCUCUCAACUCACUCCUCAAGAUAGAAGCAUGAAAAUUGAGCUGCCGACCUCGUAUAACUUACAGUGUGAAACCAAUUAGAAAAUGUUCUUCAAGAUUGGUUCAAGUUAGUUUAGAGGAUGUGUAAUAUUUGUAGGAUUCGGAGCGUGGCAGCUUGUGUGUAUGGGUGUGUUGAGGGUUUUUUUUUUUUUUUUCUCAAAUCAGGAGCUGGUUCUUCUUCUGACCUUGGUUUCCAUACUCAUGAAAUGUACAUAGGAAAAUAGCGCUGGUGAUAUGGUGUUGCGUUAAUAUACAACUUGUGUAUGCAAUUCCAUAUUAGGCUAUAUUAUUGAUUGGAUUGAUUUCUGGCUUUCA